AUGAUCGACAUGGCCAUCGGUACACCUGAGCUGGGUGUAGUGGACUUUGGCAUGCUGCAAAGCGUUCUGCACGUCCUUGCGCAACAACUGGGAGUAUUGGCGAAAAAUGUGGAGUUAAGAGGCGUUGCAGGUAUAAUUCCUGUUGGAAAACCUACCGACAAUGUUCAAACUGUGGCUGUCAGCGAGUUUGUCGUCGAUACGGGGGCUCCUGGAGUCUAUGAGCCAGCUUCUUUCCCUCCUGCUCCUGAGCAAGACACCCUACUAGUUGUUGAACGUAAGCGAAAAUCUGAUCACAUUGUGCCAAUGGGACAAGGACAAAUUGGCGGAGGACCAAGCGCUAGGGUUGCUAAAGGCCCUCAGGCUGGGGGUCAACCUGCUUCUUUCCCACCACAAACCGCACGGUCGGGCUUCCCCAGUGGCCCGCAGCAACAAGGCACCCAUCCCAGUGGCGGUCCAUCACAAGGUGCUCCUUCUCAACAAAGUGGCCCUCCGCAACAAGGUGGACCGCCUCAACAAGGUGGACCGCCCCAACAAGGUGGUUUCGCUGGUGGCCCGACUCCUCCUAGCGCCUCGCAGUAUGGGCCUAGUGGACCUGGUACCCAACAAACUGGUUCGGGUCCAGAAAGGCUCUCUAUCGUUACUCUUAGCAAGUUUAACGUAUUAGAAAACACAGUCGAACAGUUGAAGAACCGCGUAUUCGGUACCACACCUAAAAAUGAAGAAAUACUUCAAGAAGUCAGGUCACAAGGCAAUCUGAAGGCUAUUACAGAUAUGUGGAACAACAUGAAUGUUGCGUCUCGGUUGGAUGCAUGUGAAGGAGGCAUCGGUAAACUUAGUUCGCUUGUAGAAGAUCUCAUAGGAGAGACGAAUGAACUUCACAAAGCUGCUGGCACUACUCCGAGUCCAGCUGCAGCGAGAAUGGCUCAAGCAGCCAGGGAGGCAACUGCUCAAUUUGCGGGUGCUGGAACUGGUUACGGUCCACCUGGCACUGCUCCUGGGUAUGGCCCACCUGGAGCACAACAAGGAUAUGGGCCACCUGGAUCACAAACAGCCCAAGGCGGACAGCAAGCUCAAGGAUAUGGGCCGCCUGGAGCACCACCGGUCCAAGGCUACGGGCCACCUGGAGCACAACAAGGAUAUGGGCCACCUGGAGCACAACAAGGAUAUGGGCCACCUGGAUCACAAACAGCACAAGGUGGACCACCACCACAAGGAUAUGGACCACCACCUCAAGGAUAUGGACCACCGCCAGGUCAAGGAUACGGGCCACCAGGACAACAGCCUGGCCAAGGGGGCCAAGUAUAUGGCCCAGCCGGAGGCCCACCAGGUCAGGGUUAUGGCCCACCUGAAGGUCAACAAGGACAACCAGGUCAAGUGUAUUAUGGCCCACCAGGAGAACAGCAGGGACAACCAGGCCAAGUGUAUUACGGUCCACCUGGAGGACAACCAGGACAAGUCUAUGAACCACCCGCUCAAUCAGCUCAAUUUUAUGAAUUUUAUGGACCAUCCGGCGGUCAGUCAGGUCAAAUGCACGGUCCACCUGGAAGUCAGUCACAAGCUUACGGCCCACCUAGUGGUCAGGCACAAUCGUAUGGGCCGCCUGGUGGUCAACCUGCUCCAGGAUAUGGCCCACCAGGUACACCGCCAGCUCAAGGCGGAAAACAUUUCCAAGCAGGACAACCAGCUCAAGGACCACAUCCGACUAAAGGAGGACAAUCAGCUAAGGGCGGGCAUCCAGCUCAAAGUGGUAAAGGUCAACCAGCACCAGGCUAUGGUCCUCCCGGUGCGCCACCACCUCAUGGCCAAGGUUUAGAUGGCCAACCUGUUCCUGGAUAUACGAGUGAUGGUGUACUCCUCACUCAACAACAACUAUCCCCUGGUGGCGGCGGUACUAGCCCGACACCUGGCUAUUCGCCUAUGCUCGAUAUAUCUACCAUAGCAACCAAAGAUGAGGUCCGACAGCUUCUGCGACACGUACAGAGAACACGAAACGAUCUUGAUAUCCUCACUGAAACUUUCUAUGCGGCCAUGAAGGACAUCGACGAAGACUUCAGGCCACCUCCUGAGUUGCCUCCACCCUCAACGAUGGCAAGUAGCGUCGGUAGCGAGGCAUCUCGAACUGGACCUUACGCUCCUUAUGGAGAGCCACCAGCGUCCCAAUAUCAGCUUCUCGAGCUGACUCCAGGAUACAUACAACCUCCUCAAAUGCCCCAAAUUGGGCCUGAAGUACUAGCGAGAAUUAACCAAUUGGAAAAAGAGUUGAAAAAAUGCUGCGACAAUAUUAACAAAUCAGACGGACUGGUUAGUGACCAGCUGGAGUAUAUGUCGAGACAACUCGCGGGCGUGUCCGGUGACUUGGACAUGGGGAAGAUAUCACCUGAUCUCCUUAAGGAUCUACAAGGUUUGAUGCAGCUGUUCCAGACGGUACAGGACAUGCAGAGCCAACUACAACAAGUCCACGAGACAGCACUUACUCUCGCUGCUGAAAAGGAGGACAGGCAGAAUCAUAUUGAUGCUCUGUUAGAACAAAUCGAGCUGCUGAAAGCCAUAAAACUGGAUCGGGAGGAUAUGGUUGAAGCUUUGGCCGAUAAAGCGGAUCUACGCAUGUUAGCACGAAAGGUGUCUCACGAUCAAUUCGAGACGGCCUGCGAUGACCUCUCCAAGGGAUUGGAGCAUGCUCUCGGAAAACUUAAUGUGCAGGAAGCAUUAUGGCAACAAGCGCUGGACGACAUCCAGCGAGAGAUCGAGACGAAACUGGACAAGAUGGAGCUGUCUCCGGUGAAGGAGUUCUUCAACAACAAACUGAAGCAGCUACAAGAAAAUUUGAAACAGAUGGCAGCACUGCGACGCGAAGCUGAAGCUGCGGGCACCAAGAAGAGACUACUGAGAGAUGUGAACUGUAUAUCAUGUGACGCGAAGGCUGUGAUGCAUAUGGAACCGCCCACACCACUUCCACCGAGACCACUACCAGCCACAUUGUCCAUGAAACCAUACCUCAGUUAUGAAUUAGAUGCCAUCCGUAAGGCUCAAGCGAGCAGUUUGCCGCAACGCAAUAUGCACGACUGGGAACACAUAGACAAACAGACGAUGCCCAGACAACCGCAUAAAGUCAGGUCAGAAACAGACAAACAUUUAUGCAACCGGUACUGUGGUGGGUCGCACACGGUCACCACUCCUGCGCAGCGCGUCGCAAGGCUCGGCCACUUUAUAAAGCAAUGGGGUCCGGAGGUGCUUCCACUCUCUUCUGGAUUGGCAGCUGGUGAUGACGGCAGACUAUAUAAGAUCAGCACCACAGAGGGCGCUAACGUUGGUCCUGGUGGUGCAGUAGAAGGUGCAUCAACAUCGAUACCAAAGUCCCCUAUAAAGAAACCAGAGACACCGAAAGGGCCAAAACCAACAGUCAUUACUGCAGAAUGUCGCUGUCUGGAUCCGACAGAACGCCCACCGAGGAGCUGA